UGAGCAAGAGAAAGCCCCGGAAGUCAAAGAAAGCGGAUGAGACGGCGGCAAAAUGGCAGCUGCCGGUGGGGCAGCGAGUUCUGCAUCCGGAGCCCCAAUAUGCGUCCUGGUGCUGGGAAUGGCUGGCUCUGGCAAGACGGCCCUGGUGCAGAGACUGAUUGCCUCCCUGCAUAGUAAGAAUUCUCCUCCGUAUGUCAUCAAUCUGGAUCCCGCAGUUUACGAGCUGCCUUUCCAGGCCAAUAUCGAUAUCCGGGACACAGUGAAUUACAAAGAAGUCAUGAAGCAAUAUGCGCUGGGCCCAAACGGUGGCAUUGUGACAUCCCUCAAUCUUUUUGCUACAAGAUUUGACCAGGUGAUGAAGUUCAUUGAAAAAAGACAGACUGCAUCCCAGUAUGUCCUAAUAGAUACACCUGGGCAGAUUGAAGUGUUUACUUGGUCUGCCUCUGGCACUAUCAUCACAGAAGCCCUGGCUUCCUCUUUCCCAUCGGUAGUGGUUUAUGUGAUGGACACAUCUCGCAGCACUAAUCCUGUUACCUUCAUGUCUAACAUGCUGUAUGCUUGCAGCAUCCUAUACAAAACGAAGCUCCCAUUCAUAGUGGUCAUGAACAAGACAGACAUCAUUGACCAUAGCUUUGCACUUGAAUGGAUGCAGGACUUUGAAGCUUUUCAAGAUGCCCUCAGUCAGGAAACCAGCUAUGCCAGUAAUUUAACUCGCUCUAUGAGUCUUGUUUUAGAUGAGUUCUACAACUCACUUCAGGUGGUGGGUGUUUCCGCUGUACAGGGAACAGGGAUGGAUGAGUUUUUUGAACAUUUAUCCAAAGCUGUUGAUGAAUAUGAAAGAGAAUAUCGACCAGAAUAUGAGCGUCUAAGAAAGCAAUUGGAAAGAGCUCAGAAGCAGCAGCAGGAAGAACAACUGAAAAGUUUACGGAGAGAUAUGGGGCCUGUUGCCAUGGAGAACAGCCCAGCAGUUUCAGGUUCAGUGGCAGAAUCUUCAUUAGGCCCAUCAGAACUGAUUUUGACCCGAGGAACUUUGGAUCCAGAAGAGGAGGAGGAAGAGGCCCAAGAUAGUGAUACUGAUGACAUUGAUCAUAAAGUGACCGAGGAAAGCCAUGAAGAACCUGCCUUCCAAAACUUCUUGCAAGAAGCUAAGCUGCACUAUUCGACCAGAAGCAACCAGUAGAAGAGAACAAGGACAGGUGCAUGUUUGGACACAGAAACAGAAGAACCCAGAACAUAUGAAACAGUCCCAACUCUUUAGCAUCUAUGGCAGUCGUUCUGGUCCCCUUGACUCAAGGCCACCGAGUUCUUUCUAUGGCAACUUUUUUCAGUGAGAGACUAAAGCAGAACUGGACGGUCAUUUUCACAGAUGACACAUAAUCACUUCUUGGCAAAAGAAAUAUGACUUUGAGCGAUCUUGUCUCUGUUGUGAAUUUUACCUAUCAUGUAUGUUUCUGUUUUGUAAAUUAUUAGCAAAUAUCUAUUCUGCUACA